UCCCUGUGGUACCAGAAUAUCUGAGAGGUUGCUAUAUCUAUUCCACUGCCCGAAACCCAGCCAGCAAGCGUGUCUGUUCUUCACGGAGAAUAUCUUUGACAGAGAUUGCAAUGCUCCAAACAAGGGAUCUCAUCUGGGUAUUGCUGUUCAUUGGCUAUGCAGCCUCACUCCAGGUGGAAAUCGUCCCAGCUCAGGGAGAGAUCAGUGUGGGAGAUUCAAAGUUUUUCCUCUGUGAAGUAUCUGGAGAUGCCAAAGACAUCGACUGGUACGCCCCCAAUGGGGAAAAGAUCCUCCCCAACAGACCGGACAUUUUCGUCAGCCGCAGCGAUGAGUCCACAUCGACCCUCACUAUCUACCAUGCCAAUGUAGACAGUGCUGGCAUCUACAAGUGCGUGGCCAAGAGUGGUGAAAAGGAGGCCCAGGCAACAAUCCAAGUCAAGAUCUUCCAGAAGAUCACCUUCCAGAAUGCUCCUAACCUGCAGGAGUUCAACGAAGGUGACGAUGCUGACAUUGUAUGUGAUGUGGUCAGCUCGCCUCCGGCGACCGUCUUUUGGAAGCACAAGGGCUCAAAGAUCCAGGUUGCAAAAGAUGUACGAUUCAAGAUCAUGGACAACAACCACCUCCAAAUUCGUGGCAUCAAAAAGACAGAUGAGGGGGUAUACACCUGUGAGGCACGUGUCAUGACCAGGGGAGAAAUUGACUUUAAGUCUAUCAAGGUCAUAGUUAACGUGCUUCCGAGCAUUCGCACCAGGCAGUCAGAAGUUAAUGCGACUGCAGACAUUGGCAGCACUGCAAUGUUGGCAUGCGACGCAGAUGGCUUCCCUGAACCAAUUGUCACCUGGGCCCGAAACAACGUUGUCCUUGAAAAUGAUGAUAAAUACAGUCUGAACGAGGACGGUUCAGAACUGAUAAUAAAAGAUGUCAGAAAAGUGGAUGAAGGAGACUACACUUGCAUUGCCAAGAACAAGGCAGGAGAAAAAGUUGAGGAAGUCAGCCUGAACGUGUUUGUUCAACCAAAGAUUACCUAUCUGAACAACCAAACCACUUUGGAGCUGGAGGAGCAGGUCACGCUGACCUGUGAGGCAUCAGGAGACCCCACACCCACCAUCACCUGGAGUUUUGGACGGAGGGUCUUCACUGAAGGAGAGCAGGCCUCUUGGACUCGACCAGACACCUAUGAGAGCCUUGAUGGAAACAUCGUGGUGCGAAGCCAUGCACGUGUGUCCUCGCUCACUUUAAAGUAUGUCCAGUUCACUGACGCUGGCCAGUAUCUCUGCACUGCCCACAACUCUAUUGGUCAGGACAGCCAACACAUGUACCUGGAAGUCCGCUAUGCUCCUAAGGUCCAGGGAGCGGUGGCCGUGUACACCUGGGAAGGGAACCCAGCUAACAUCAGCUGUGAGGUGCUGGCCCAUCCAGGGGCUUCUGUAGUGUGGUUUAGAGAAGGCCAGCCACUGCCCAACUCCAACACCACUAACGCCAAGAUCUACAACACUCCAGCUGUCAGCUACCUGGAGAUAUCUCCAGACUCUCAGGGUGAUUUUGGGAGCUACAACUGCACUGCAACUAAUGCGAUUGGCACAGAGUCUAAGGAGUUCCUUCUCAUCCAAGCAGAUGUGCCGUCUUCGCCUGCCAUCGAACAUGUGGAGCCCUUCUCGAGCACAGCCGUGGUGAAGUUUGAUGAGCCAGACUCCACCGGAGGAGUACCGAUUCUCAAAUACAGGGCAGACUGGCGUCUUCCCGGCCAAGACUGGACUGGCAGGGAGUAUGACGUUGAGGAUGCAAGCUACAAGAAUAUGAUCACCAUCGUUGGCCUGAAACCUGAGACCAUUUACGAGAUAAAGAUGUCCGCCAUCAAUGGCAAAGGGGAAGGAGAGAGUAGUCGACCAACAACUUUCAAGACUGAGCCAGUCCAAGGGGAACCCAGUGCCCCCAAGCUAGAGGCCAAGAUGGAGAACAGGGGCAACUCUCUCAAAGUCAACUGGAUCAAGCAGGAUGAUGGGGGCUCCCCCAUUACACAUUACUUAGUCAGAUACAAGGCUCAUGUGUCUGACUGGAAACCAGAGAUCCGUGUUCCCCACGGUAGUGAGCAUGUUUUGCUGAACGGCCUGGACUGGAAUACAGAGUAUGAGUUGUACGUUGUGGCCGAGAACCAGCAGGGCAAGUCCAAGCCCAGCAUGAUUUCCUUCAAAACUGCCACAGAACCAACCACCGUUCCAGAUGUGAUGGGUGGCGGCUCAGGCCUGGGAACUGGUGCCAUUGUAGGCAUCCUGAUAGUGGUCUUCUUCCUGCUACUGGUGGGUGUGGAUGUGACAUGCUACUUCCUCAACAAGUGUGGCCUCCUUAUGUGCAUUGCUGUGAACUUCUGUGGCAAGACCGGCCCGGGUGCCAAGAGCAAGGAUAUUGAGGAAGGCAAGGCGGCGUUCACGAAAGAUGAAUCCAAGGAACCCAUCGUUGAGGUGAGGACAGAGGAGGAACAGACCCCCAAUCAAGAAAGAGGAGCUCCAACAGAGCCCAAUGAGACCACCCCUCUGACAGAGCCUGAUGGUAAGAUUGUGAAGGAUGAUACGACUAAAAGUGAGGCAGAGGGGAAGAACACUACUGCUGAGGUGAAAACGGUCCCCAAUGAGGCUCCCCAAACAAAUGGCAACGAGAGUAAAGCAUAAUCCCCUUACCCACAG